AUGUUUGUUCGUUUCCCAGUUGCUCACCAUUCCUACCGAGGUUUGCUCAUUUCCCAAUGGUCCACCAAUCUUACCGAUGAUUGCUCAUUUCCCAGUGGCUCACAAUUCUUAACGAUGUUUGCUCAUAUCCCAGUGGCCCACAAUUCCUACCGAGGUUUACUCAUUUACCAGUGGCUCAUCGUUCCUAACGAGGUUUGCUUAUUUCCCAGUGGCUCACCAUUCCUACCGAGGUUUGCUCAUUUCCCAGUGGCUCACCAUUCCCACCGAGGUUUGCUUAUUUCCCAGUGGCUCACCAAUCCUACCGAGGUUUGCUUAUUUCCCAGUAGCUCCCCAUUCCCACCGAGGUUUCCUUAUUUCCCAGUGGCUCACCAUUCCCACCGAGGUUUGCUUAUUUCCCAUUGGCUCACCAUUCCCACCGAUGUUUGCUCAUUUCCCAGUGGCUCACCAAUCCUACCGAGGUUUGCUCAUUUCGCAGUGGCUCACCAUUCCUACCGAGGUUUGCUCAUUUCCCAGUGGCUUACCAUUCCUACCGAGGUUUGCUUAUUUCCCAGUGGCUCACCAUUCCUACCGAUGUUUGCUCAUUUCCCAGUGGCUCACCAAUCCUACCGAGGUUUGCUAAUUUCCCAGUGGCUCACCAUUCCUACCGAGGUUUGCUCAUUUCCCAGUGGCUUACCAUUCCUACCGAGGUUUGCUCAUUUCCCAGUGGCUCACCAAUCCUACCGAGGUUUGCUUAUUUCCCAGUGGCUCACCAUUCCUACCGAUGUUUGCUCAUUUCCCAGUGGCUCACCAAUCCUACCAAGGUUUGCUCAUUUCCCAGUGGCUCACCAUUCCUACCGAGGUUUGCUAAUUUCCCAGUGGCUUAACAUUCCUACCGAGGUUUGCUCAUUUCCCAGUGGCUCACUAAUCCUACCGAGGUUUGUUUAUUUCCCAGUGGCUCACCAAUCCUACCGAGGUUUGCUCAUUUCCCAGUGGCUCACCAAUCCUACCGAGGUUUGCUCAUUUCCCAGUGGCUCCCCAUUCCCGCCUAGGUUUGCUUAUUUCCCAGUGGCUCCCCAUUCCUACCGAGGUUUGCUCAUUUCCCAGUGGCUCACCAAUCCUACCGAGGUUUGCUUAUUUCCCAGUGGCUCCCCAUUCCCGCCGAGGUUUGCUUAUUUCCCAGUGGUUCCCCAUUCCCACCGAGGUUUGCUUAUUUCCCAGUGGCUCACCAUUCCUACCGAUGUUUGCUCAUUUCCCAGUGGCUCACCAUUCCUACCGAGGUUUGCUCAUUUCCCAGUGGCUUCCCAUUCCUACCGAGGUUUGCUCAUUUCCCAGUGGCUCACCAAUCCUACCGAGGUUUGCUUAUUUUCCUGUGGCUCACCAAUCCUACCGAGGUUUGCUCAUUUCACAGUGGCUCACCAUUCCUACCGAGUGGCUCCCCAUUCCCACCGAGGUUUGCUCAUUUCCCAGUGGCUCACAAUUCCUACCGAGGUUUGCUCAUUUCCCAGUGGCUCACCAAUCCUACCGAGGUUUGCUCAUUUCCCAGUGGCUCCCCAUUCCCAUCGAGGUUUGCUUAUUUCCCAGUGGCUCACCAUUCCCACCGAGGUUUGCUUAUUUCCCAGUGGCUCACCAUUCCUACCGAUGUUUGCUCAUUUCCCAGUGGCUCACCAUUCCUACCGAGGUUUGCUCAUUUCCCAGUGGCUCACCAUUCCUACCGAGGUUUGCUUAUUUCCCAGUAGCUCCCCAUUCCCACCGAGGUUUACUUAUUUCCCAGUGGCUCCCCAUUCCUAUCGAUGUUUGCUCAUUUCCCAGUGGCUCACCAUUCCUACCGAGGUUUGCUCAUAUACCAGUGGCUCCCCAUUCCCACCGAGGUUUGCUUAUUUCCCAGUGGCUCACCAUUCCCACCGAGGUUUGCUUAUUUCCCAGUGGCUCACUAUUCCUACCGAUGUUUUCUCAUUUCCCAGUGGCUCACCAAUCCUACCGAGGUUUGCUAAUUUCCCAGUGGCUCACCAUUCCUAUCGAGGUUUGCUCAUUUCCCAGUGGCUUACCAUUCCUACCGAGGUUUGCUCAUUUCCCAGUGGCUCACCAAUCCUACCGAGGUUUGCUUAUUUCCCAGUGGCUCACCAAUCCUACCAAGGUUUGCUUAUUUCCCAGUGGCUCACCAUUCUACCGAGGUUUGCUCAUUUCCCAGUGGCUCACCAUUCCUACCGAGGUUUGCUCAUUUCCCAGUGGCUCCCCAUUCCCACCGAGGUUUGCUUAUUUCCCAGUGGCUCAUCAUUCCCACCGAGGUUUGCUUAUUUCCCAGUGGCUCACUAUUCCUACCGAUGUUUUCUCAUUUCCCAGUGGCUCACCAACCCUACCGAGGUUUGCUCAUUUCCCAGUGGCUCACCAAUCCUACUGAGGUUUGCUUAUUUCCCAGUGGCUCACCAUUCCUACCGAUGUUUGCUCAUUUCCCAGUGGCUCACCAAUCCUACCGAGGUUUUCUCAUUUCCCAGUGGCUCACCAUUCCUACCGAGGUUUGCUCAUUUCCCAGUGGCUCACUAUUCCCACCGAGGUUUUCUCAUUUCCCAGUGGCUCACCAUUCCUUCCACGGCAUAUCAACCUCAAUGGCUUAUUAAUGCCGACGAGAUUUUUUAUUGCUGGUUAUAUUUUCUAUCUAUCUAUCUAUCUAUCUAUCUAUCUAUCUAUCUAUCUAUCUAUCUAUCUAUCUUAGUCUCCUCAUAUCUAUCUAUCUAUCUAUCUAUCUAUCUAUCUAUCUAUCGAUUUGUUUUGACGUCUUUGUCUCUGUCUCUCUCACACACCUACACGUUUGGAUAA